AUGGCGUCAUGCAUGCAUCAUAUGAUGUGUGUUGAUAGAAUUUGGUGGAAAAUAUCAACAAAGAAAAAGCUAAAAGACUCAUAUCUUGUAAUGGCGUCACGACUCACGUAUGCAUCAUAUGAUGCGUCUCUAAACUAUGAAGAUAUAGCUACGGCAGUAAAGAAGAUCAACAAACCUCUGAUUGUAGAGAGGACGCCUACACAAUUUGAAAAAAUACAGAAAGAUCAAUUGAAAAGAGGCACUGACAAAUCGACACAAAUUUGGCUGAAAAAUCAUACUAAAUGCCCCAAAGAAACUGUUCCCAUAAAGCAAACCACAGUUGUUGAUAUUACCAGAGCAAAUUUUUUGUCCGAAUCCAAAAGGAAGGGACAAUUUUUUUAUGAUCAACUUGAUUCAACAACAUAUUAUAAGAUAUACGUGGCAGAGGCACGUAUAAACGUGUGGAAGCCAUCCAUCGACAGGGACACCAUUGGGUAUAGCACGGCUCGCAUUCGUAUCAUAUCAAGAUCACCUGUGGAUUUUGACGCCAUUGAAGUUGGAUGGCAUGUGUAUCCAUGGCUUUAUGAUAAAGAUCAAGAUACUAAAUUUUUUAUUUCUUGGACUAAUAGUUCUUGUCGAAAAACAUGCUACUAUCGUUCAGAACAAUGUGAUGGAUUUAUGUUGUACGGUGGUGGUAUAGCCCCCGGAACUACCUUCGAUGAAGUAUCAUCUUAUGGUGGUGAACAAUAUGAUAUGCUUGCGAGUAUCUGGAUGGACAUUGGUGGCUUGAAGUUGAUGGCAUAA